UGAUGAAUGUGAAGGGGCCAGUCAGGAUCGAAUCAGUGGACAGGCUUGGAUGUGUCUUGUUUACAAAAGAAUGAAAUCCCAUGUGAACCGGAGUGACUUGACUACAUUCAACAGCAGCGACUUGGUUAACUGGAUAAUUUGCUGAUGGAACCACCUUCAUAUGAGGAAGCCAACAGCCAUUGCUCCAUUCAGUCUCCAGGACAACAUAACCACUCCUCUCCUCCAGCCUAUACCUCCACCCACUCCCCAUCUACACCUCCUCCAACGUAUGGAGAGGCCGUUUACCCAAGUGCUUUUCCUGUCUUGACUCCACCCUCUGGGCAAACUGCUGUGGCUACAUUAUCUGAAAACUCCAGAGUCACAGUCCACCCACUUAUACAAAUUGGUGAACGAGCCUCCAGAGGCAGCAGAGCUCCGACAGUAGUGGUCGUGUCCCAGCCGCAGCCAGUUCCCAUCAUACUGAACAGUCUGAGAGACUCUCCUGGAUUUGUUCGCUGUCCUCACUGCCUCGAGCUUGUCACCAGUAACGUUACGUAUGCCGCUGGGAGGACUGCUGUGUGCUCAUGUGUCAUUAUGGCAUUAAUGGGGUUAUUCUGUGGUUUCUGUCUGAUUCCACUGUGCAUGAGAGGACUGCAAGAUGCACAUCACUCCUGUCCACAAUGUGGCGAGAAACUGUACGUUUAUGAAAGAUGACAUGCUGUCUGGAUCCAUGAAGCUUCUGGUUUUCUCCAUCUGCUCAGGGUCUCGUUAAAUAUGGUGCAAAUCUUGCAAAUUAAUUUGUCAUAUGACUGCGUCACAUGCUGCAUACACUGCACUUUUUCUGAGCUUUUAACUCAAAAUAAAGGUAGCUUAUCUUUGGCAAGAAGGAAAAGUCACAUUUAAGAUUCAUCACAGCAGGAAAGAAAUAUCACACCUAAAUGAAUGCUUGCAGUUAGGCCCCAACUUCCUGAUGACUCUGCAUAGAUAAGCAUGUGAAAGCAAUGACUGGAAUGCUUGCCAUACAUCUCAAACAGCUGAUACAGGUUGGUGUAUUAAACAUUUCAAGGUAUUUUUCAUAAGCAUUCCUAGAUUAUUUAUAGUUGAAAUGCAUAGAGUAGUAGGUGAACAGUAAGUGUAUUUUUAAUGUUUUCUAUAAAUGUUUGAAGUUGUAAAAAGGCUCAAAUGAGAAAAGAAGCAGAAGCAGUUUUAGCAUAAUUGUAAUACCUCAGAUUGUAAGAAAUAUUAUCUUUUGUCACUUAUUUUAAUUUUGUUUUUAUCAAAAGUUUAGUUCAGUUUUUCUUUUAAUUGGGGUCCUUUGGGGAGGUUUAUGAUGAUGAUGUUUAGUGUACUUAGCAGAAAGCUGACAUCUUUCUUUCUCCCUACAUCCAGUGGAUGAUGCAGGUUCAUACAAUCGAUAAUAGCCACACAGGCACACCUGCUAAAAGGAAACAAACACACCCAGUAUUGGCUGAGAGGUUGCCAGGCGACUGUGCCAAAAGGCAGUUUCAUGAUUUGUAAGCGAGCAGAGUCCGAGCAGAGACCAAGUCUAAGCGUGAGGAGAAGUUUUGAGUACAAGCAUUACAAGUUUUGAGAAGACAGACAUGAAGUUCUGCUUUCAGACUGAACAUGUGUGCUCUUGGAUUAUGGCAGAAAAAUCCCCUUCAAAAACAUUUGUUAAUUCAGAGAUAUUAAUUUAAAACAUGAAUGUAGUUUUGAUUGUAUAAAAGACAUUGUUUAAAAGAUUUUCCAAAACUAUUGGAUAAUGUGAUAUUUCUUAAUUCUAAUGGUAAUGUAUUCCAAGUGUGUGAUGCUAGGACCAAAAAGCCGCCUGACCAACUGAGUUUUUCCUGAAUUAUGUUUUGCAAUGCCCUCUGCUAGAGUCUGUUGUGAAUAUAUUGAAGAAAAUAUGAACAAAAUAA